AUGGCUGACUUUACAAAAGAAAAACAUUUUGCAGAACUUGCAGCGGACAAUGGUCCAAAAAGGAAAAUUGUAGAUGAUACAGCUCUGCAAUAUUCUGUAAAGAAACCAAGGACUUGCGGAGUACAGAAGAAAGGAUAUGAUAUCAGCGGAUGUAAUGAAGAACCACAAAGAAACCCCGGUUUCCCUGCUACUGACGGAUCAGUUGCAAUAGCGUACAGCGCUAACGGAAACACAACGGCUGGUUUUCCCACUGGUACAAGUGGAUCAGUUGCAUUAGUGUACAGUUCUCUCGGAAACACCACGGCUGCUUCAUUUCGUCUAGAUGACGAGGAUCAAGAACUGAGAGAUGAAGAUCAAGAAAUGAGAGAUGAGGAUCAAGAAAUGAAGGACAAACAUCUUGAAUGAUGGAAGAUAUAAAGCAGUAUUAGAAAAAAAUGAAUGUUUUAAGCGCUCUUAUUUUGGUGUUCUAUAUUAUGCUCAUUUUGAACAAAACUUGACAUUUCAAUCAGCCUACUUGUCACCAUCCAGCUCAUGUUUAAGAAACAUUAGAUAAACCUACUUUUGUAAUGCAUAUUCGAUACUGUCUUACUGUGUUUGCAAUAAGAGAGAAAUGUGGGCUUGUCUAUAAUCAAAAGUUGAAACGUUUUUAUUAGAUAUGUUGCACUUUAUAUGCACCUUUCAGUUGUUACAUGAAGGAUUAAUAUCAUACAAAUUGUUAACGGGUAAGGAAACAUUUUUUAGACACUUCAUUAUAAGAGAACGUAUUACAGCUCUCCCGUUACAGAGAAAAUGCUGAUAUUUGAUAUUUUCAUAUUGAUUUUAUUUCUUUUAAGCUAAUGUUGAUUUCCCUUUUUAAAUGGUCAUUUACGACAUAUUCUUUAAAAGCACUAGGAACAAAUAUGUAUUUUCCCAAAGCCAAAAUUCUAGCGAACAUUAAAACAACUUUGAAUCUAUCAAAAAAUGUCACAUACAUCCUAAAGGUAAUAAAAACGACCAUUUUUUUCAUAAAUUUCUAUCAUGUUCAUAACAUAGUGUUGAAAAAACGAUUGAGAAUUAUUUCAUUCCUUUUUUUUAAAUAUUUACAACCUAAGAAUUACAUAAAGACACGAAAAAAUGCCACUUUCAAAAACUAUAACUCUUAACUUAUCUUAAAAUUCAGGCUUUUUUGUUUUUACUCAAUCUUCACAUUAAUUUAAUUUAAUAAUUUAAAAGCAAAAUUACAGUAACAAUCCUUUCUUCUAAUUACUUAAAAUUUACUUGAGCAUAGAUCGAUAAGAAACUUAGUCUCGUUUACAUUUAAUGCAAGUUUCAUUUUAGAUUUGCAUUAUCUUUACUGAACUUAGUCAAAAGUGAAAUUGGAUUCAUGAUAUUGAAAACAAGUCAGAAUAUUUUAGAUGGCUAAAGUGUCCAAAGUUUUGUAUUUUUUACUUUAUGUAGAAAAACAGUUUAUAAAUCUUUACACUUUUUUGAAAGGUCAUUUAAAUUUCUGAACAGAUAAAACAAAUCUUGUUAUAUUCCUUAUGGCUACAAACAGAUCAAAGCCACUAAAGGGACCAAUUUUUUAGCAAGGCUUGAAGCUAGGGACGACCCCCUAUAUUCAAAGGUUUUACUGCAUUUUAAUACGAUAUACACUGUUCCAGGAGAUUGUGUCACGGAAUUUUGAUAUCUGUUUUUGAAUUAGAGUUAUGCCCUUAUGUUUGCAGUAACAGAGAGUAAUACCAACUUAACCAUACAAAAAGGUAAUAAAAUUGAAAUAAAUCAAUUUUGAAAAAUAUUAUCUUAUUGUAGUCAUAACGACUAUAAAUCAGUUUUGUUUUAUUUAUUUGAGAUUUAAAAACUCUUUCUAUCUUUUUAUAUGCUUUCUAAAUAUGAUAAAAAGAAAGACAGUCCUUUGCAGAUUUUAACGAUUUUUAACAUAUAAAGUUUUAUAAAUCGGUAUGUGCUACAUUAAAACGGAAUGUCGUUCAUUAUCGCUAGCAAAUAUCUUCGAACAAUUUAUUUACUACUUGUUUCAAUAACUUAGAGUAAUCCACUGGCGGAUUUUUCAUGACUGCAACUAAAACGUUAGCUGAUAAAGCUCUAAAAGCUAUGGGAUCAUUAUUCUCCAUAACAAAAGAUCUUGAAGUUCCUGUCAACAUUAUGUUGACUUUAUUUGAUCAUAUGUAGCAUCUAUAUUAAAUUAUUCUUGUGAGUUAUGGAGUUUUGAUAGAGCUGAAAACAUUGAACGAAUACGCAGAAAAUUAAUGAAAUGGAUACUAAAUGUUAAAAUGUCACAUUCUGUGGUAUAUAAGGACUUUGGUAGGUAUCCGCUAUAUAUAGCAAUACCGGUUUGAAUUAUCAAUAUUUUCAAAGUUAUUUCAUGAAAAGAAUUAUGGGUAUUUCCGUCUUCCAUUUUCGCUCUAAACUUUUAGAUAUUAUUACUAAUAGUAUAUCAUUAUAGAUAUAAAUUACUGGUGACAAGAUAUUUGUUCAAGAUCUUCUUUGUUUUAUAUAGAAAACAAGAUGUCAAAUGUCAGAAUAUAUUAGCAAAAUGAAAUGUUAUAGUUUAAGAAAUAUUCUAGAUAAAUUACAUUUAUCUUCGCACCAGCUUUCUAUUGAAAAUUGUAGACAUAGAAACGAUAGAAAAUGUAUAUUUUGUCAAUGUAGUGGCAUUGAAGAUGAAUAUUAUUUGGUGUUAAGAUGUCCAAAUUCAUGCUUCAUUUAGAGAGCACAUUAUAUUCUAGAUAUUACAAAAGACAUCCAAAUAAACUGAAAUUCACUCAGUUGUUUAGUGCUAUAAAUGCGUUGAAUGAAUUGCCCUUGUUUUGUAAAACGCCACUUAAUUAGGAUCAAAUCAAUUCAUUUCAUUUCUUUGCAAUAGAUGAUAUAAUGUUUUGUUGGUUUUAUUUACGUUACAUUGUAUGUAUGAUUUUUUUAAAUGUAACGAUGAACUGUAAAUAUACAAGUUAGAAAUUAAUAAAAUAUCCGUUCUUUUCUGUUUAACUUUACAUUUACCUGUGCAAUAGUAGAAUUAUAGCAAGUACCUAUUUCCAUUUUUGAUGACAAUAGAUAAUAAUUAUUUAACAAGAAAAUAUAAGUAUCUUUAAAGGACUUCUAGAUAUUUUAGAUGUCGGUUGGCAAAUUGUUGGAUAGUGGAAUAUAGAUGAUAACUCAAUAUGCAUGUGUGCUUAAACUGUAAAUGCAAUGUAAUAAUAUGCAAACUAUCGAUAUUAUAUAUAGUGAAAAGUACAACGAAAAUGUUCAGUUGUUGCAUCAGUGUUAAACGCUUUUUUAAAAUAGUGACUGAACCACAUUGUUUUUAUCUAUUAUCUAAUUAAAAGUAAAUGGUUUCUAAUUUAAAGAAGGUAUUUCUUAAUAAAAAGUGGAUAAAUAUGAUCAAAGAAAUGGUACUUAUUACAUCAGGGUGCUUCUUUGUCACUGCAUUUCCACAAUGUUAAGUCAUUGUGUGCUUAAGUGUUUUCUACACAGUCGGUUGUGAUGUGAUCAUGUUUUAGAUGCGUUUAUAUUUUUGCAUUAAAAUUGUUUUACUUACAAUCAUACUUUUAUUGUUAGCUGAUUAAUUUGAAACUUUGUCUUACUAAAAAAUAACAAAAUAUUAAAGGAUUUGUAAUGUUUUUGUUCAUACAACACUUGUGUUUUUAACUAAUGAAUAAUAAUAUAAUAUAACUAAUUGUGUUGCCAAUAUAUGAACAGGAUACAAGAUUAAAAAUGCAACUAGGAAUUAUGAUCCGGCAUGCUAACAUUUGGCUAUAUUUCAUAAGUAAAAGUAACAGGCAACUGCUGAAAAUAUUCUGCAUAAUUUCAGUGUUCUUAAGAUUUCUUAAUAGUGUAUAAAGGCAAGUUAAAUGGUUUGUUAUACCUGGAUCCAUUCAUGUUUUGAAUCCGAUGUAAAUAUUGAGCAUCUGUUCUGCAUAGGUUUUCUGCUGUCCAUUUACCUCUCAUGAACCAUGUAUACAAUUAUUUUGCUUGAUUGCUUCUACAGGGCCCCCUUAUAACUUUUACUAAAGCUAUUGUGUGUUUCUUGGUCAGGUAGUGCCAGUGGUGAAAUU